AUAAUCAGAGACUGCAGACAUGAUACAAGAGAUGGUCAGAGACUUCAGACACACUACAGGAGAUGGUCAGACACUGCAGACAUACUACAGGAGAUGGUCAGAGACUGUAGACAUGCUGCAGGAGUCUUUCAGAGAUGGUGGACAUGUUGUAGCAGUUGUUGGAAACUAGGGACCUGCUUCAAGAGAUGGUCAAAGACUGGAGGCAUACUGUAUCACAUAAGACUGCUAGUAAUCAUUGAUACAACAGAGCAAUAGGGGAAUAGAGGGGCUCCAAAGGCACCAAAAAAGUGCCAAAGGGCCACA